AUGAAUGCUGUAACUGGACUAAUAUUCGAAGUGACGUAUAUUACAGUGGCAUACGCCCUACCUAUAGGAUUCACUUUGCACACCAUACAUGAGGCCGAUGACUUCUGCAAAAAGCUUGGUACAAGUCCCCAAACUGAUAAUGAAAUGAGCCACAGUGAAAACUUUAGAGCGAGCGACGCUAAAAGUCAUCCACAGUACCACCAAAUGCAAUCCAACACCGAGAAAAACGCGCCAUCAUUGGACAACAGCAAACCGCAGUUACAAACCUGUGUUUACUGGUGCGCAUAUUGGCUCAUAACUUGCCUUUUGGAUCGUUUUGUAUAUCCUGGGGCAGGCAAGGUUUUAUCUUACGCUGGCGUAAGUGUAAACGGGAUCAUGUUGAAAAUUGGAAAGCUUAUAUUGUCUAUGAUAAUAUUAAUACAUUCAUAUGUGCAUCCUGCUGACAGGAAAAGGCCCCUUGGAGAGAGAAACCUCGAUCGAUUCUGGAGUUUUCCUUCCUCUUUAUUGCAAUUUUACACGUCAUGUGUACAACAGACCUCUGCGACACUAAACAGCUUUAAUGUCGAUUGCAAGCCUGACACACUUACCGCUCUGCUAGACAGAGGUAACACAAUGCUCACUGUAGAUCAGCAUUUAUUCUUUAACAGAGGAGCCCGCGUGUCACAAGAUUCUAAAGAACCUGAAUCGGAAAAAGCUGUAUUCGUCAUGGAUACACACAAUUCAUACGACAUACUCAGCGCAUCGGAGUGCAAUUCAAUCUUAUCGUACAAUUCCUCGGCAUCAAUUAAUUCCAGCGCGGAUUCCAAUACUGGCCUAUUGUCCAACGUAGAGGAUUCAGGACUAAUAUUCUUCAGGGCCCCACGCCAUACUGCCUUAGGAGCUUAA